CUUCAUGGCCCCUUCCAACUCUACUCUUCUAUGAUUCUAUGACCAGUAGUGGGGGGAGGAUAAAGGCCAGGGAACAGUGAAGCUCUUUGUUCCUCUUUUGGGGGUUCCACUCUCCUGUCUGUUUUCUGUGCCAAAGAAUUCUGUGAUGCCUGUGUCCCAUGACCUGGUAUAAGGUAGAGUUUCUAGAAGAGGGUUAACUUUGUUGUUUCUAGGUCCGAAUGGUUCAACAAGACCCCAAAAUUGGGGGUGGGGGGUGCUUGGUUGGCUGUAAACUGUACAAUUGCUACUUUCAAACUUCCCUCUUCCCUUCCCUUUUUUCCUGUUGUAUCCUUUUAUCCGUAAUGUUUUAGCAUCCUCUACCCCGUGUCUUUUUCUUUUAAUAAACUUGUUUUGCUCCCCUCUCUUGGAUGGUCAUGUGCUAAAUCCAGUGUUUGGUAUUUGAACUGAGGGAGCAGGUGUGUGGUGGGAAAUGUACUUAGUAAGAAUGGCAAAGGAGGACUGAGUGAGUUACAGGGCUCCAGGGAGGAGCUAAAGCUAUGUUUUGUCUAGCUCGGUCGCACAGGUUUGUCUGCUCUGCCAUGUGGAUUAGAAAAGGGGUCAUCUUAGUAAGAGCAUUGUGUUCUAUUUGCAAGUGGAUUAUACAAUGACCUGGCAGGAGAGGAUCUUUGAAAUAAUGGUAAGCUAAUCUUGAUUUCCACUUGGAAGGAGCAUAGGAAGGACAUGGAGGAGAUGGAAUCUAGUGGUUACAUUUAUGCCUUAUUCUUUUAAGGCAAGAAAGGAGCUGAUAUGGUUUGGAUUCUGUACUCUUAAGUCGCAAAUGGUAGGAGAUGAGUCUACUAGGUGACUCUGAAUGCUUAGUCUCUCUCCCUGAUUUUGCCAGGCCUCUGGUUUGAACAGUCAGCACAAAGGAUAGGAUUAUGGGUACUGCAUCCAUUCCCAACUCUGGGCUAAGAGUUGUGCCUGAAAGAUUUGGCAGACCACCCCAAUCAUAUGCAUUUUACCUUAGAUGUAAGACCUACUGUCUUCAGUGGGGCUUUCUUCCACUUGAGGAUUGCAGCCCAAAGGUAUAAAGCCUAUUCUGAUAUUGCACUGUCAUAUAUUUUGCAUUAGGUACCUACUCAUGGUUUGAGGUCAUCUACAGAAGCCCAUCCUCAGGUGCCCCCUCAGUCUGAAGUUCUGAAGGUAGUCUCCAGGCAUAGGUCUUUUGAUGCCCAUUGAGGCUGGAGGACGGCCUGCUGUAGAACUGCAAGUAUACCAUGCAGCACUGAACAAGAGGCUACCAGGUAGUGGCAAUGAUACCAAGUCUUGCAGGAACAUGAAGGGAGGAGUGUUAGUUGUGGGAGACGCCCUGUUGCAUGGGAUGGAAACACAUACUCGUAUGUCAGGAUGACCUGUGAACUCAUCUGGUAUGCUGCCUCCCUGGAGGAUAGAUUAGUGAUAUUACUGAAGGAUUGCCAGGGCUCAUACAGCCCACUGACAUGUAUCUCUUCCUUAUACAUGUGAAAGCAAAUGACACUGCCAAGUGGUGCUUUGAAGAGAUCAGGUCAGACUUUGAAGCUUUCAGGAGGCAAGUCAAGAACUUUGGGGCCCAGAUAGUGUUCUCUUCAAUACUUCCAGUGCUAGGAUGAGGAAUAGACUGGGAAAGAAAAAUACUCCAGGCCAGGAUAUGGCUGUUCGGAAUGUGCUCGUGACUGGCUGUUCUUCUGGCAUUGGAUUGGCGGUGGCAGUGCAUUUGGCCAGAGAUGAGUUAAAGCGAUUCCAAGUUAUUGCCACCAUGAGGAACUUGGAGAAGAGGCAAGCCCUUGAGAAACAAGCAGGGUCUGUGCUUAAGACAACCCUGGAACUCAAGGAAUUGGAUGUCACUAGUGCGGAGUCAAUUCGGCGGUGUGUGGACAGUAUCCCCCAACGCAGAGUGGAUGUGCUUGUUAACAAUGCCGGACUAGGCAUGAUUGGUCCAGUAGAGAGCCAGAACAUGGCUUCAAUACAGCGUCUCUUUGACACCAACUUCUUUGGUUUGGUGCGUCUUAUCCAGGAAGUCUUCCCUGAUAUGAAGCGGCGAAAACAGGGCCACAUCGUUGUGAUGAGCAGCGUCCUGGGCUUGCAAGGUCUUCUCUUCAAUGACAUCUACUCUGCGUCCAAAUUUGCUGUGGAAGGUUUCUGUGAGAGCCUGGCACUGCAGGCUCUGAAAUUUGGGAUCAAUAUCAGUUUGAUUGAACCUGGGCCAGUGGUAACAGAAUUCGAGAGGAAACUCUAUGAAGAGGCAGCCAAUAUGGAUCUCUCUGCAGUAGAUAAAGAGACACUGGAUAUAUUCCAGGGCUUCUACAUGGCCUAUUCCAAGGAGGUCUUCACUGCACUGGGGCAAUCUCCGGAUGAAGUGGCUGAGCAUACCAUGAAGGUGAUCACUGCAGAGAAGCCUCCCUUUCGGUACCAGACCAACAGCCUCUACACGCCCAUCACUACCCUGAAACAUGCUGACCCCAGCGGGAACCUGCCUCUCAGUGCCUUCCAUCAGAUGAUCUUCCAGCAUGAUCGGCUCUUCAAAGCCAGCCUCAGCCUCCUCAAAAUGCUCCAGUGGAGGAAGAGGCGGGACAUGGAUUAUAACAAGUCCCCCUGAGGAAAAGGGGCCCGCUCCCUGGGUAGGACUUGCAGGCUUCACGGAAUGUUUAGCAAAGAGUCUGGUCCUGACUGCAGGGGGGGAUGCAUGGCAUGGAGGCGGAGGGUGCUCUCCAGUGAGAAAAUCUGAGGCUGCCUCUGCCUCAGGCAGGGGAUUCUAGAAUCUAGCAAAUAUGAUCCAGUGUGUGCGAUCCACUGGGAAGGUGUGAUUCUUUCACAUUGUUCCCAUUCAGCUCCAUACUGCUUUUCCAGUGGAUUGUGCCCCAUGUUUGUCAGUGGGAGUGGAAUGCCUUUUGGAUUAUUAUUUAUUUGCCUCAGGCACCAGAAUGUCUUGGGGCAAAUAAACUCAUUGGUUCUGCUGAAGACCUGACGUCUGCCAGCAGAUGAGGACACGCAGAAUCAACCUUGUGCUGGUCUGGAGCAACCCUGUAUUCUGCAUGGGAUUUGCCUCAGCAUCUGGCUUCCAUGAACCUUUCACACGUGUCUUUACCAGAUAUGAUCCAAGAUGUCUGGUGCAAGCAGCAAGGUUUUUCUGGGUGAUAAACUUUAUUCAUACUUUUCAUGAGCUUGCAUUUUUUUAAAAUAAAGGAGUCCGAGGAAAGGACCAGGCCCUAUCAGGGGCCAAUUUGCAGACUUCCAUGCUCUAACUGCAUAUGUAAAGCACUCCUGUGCAUUAUGCAGAAUGAGGUGGUAGACUGAGGUGGAAGUUUUUUGGACUCUACAGGCCCUUCAAACUGCUUGUGGGGUGUUGUAUUUUUGAAUGCUGCUAUAUUUAAGAAGGUGUUGAGGCUGUCUGUAAGUAAUGAGCAAGCAUAUUCAUCAGAAAGUUUUUGCAAAGCUACCUCCACUAUUGUGUUAGUUUACAACAUGUUGACACUCUUCUGACAAGUGAAUGAACUUAAAACACAAGAAGCAACCUUAUACCAGGUCAGACUCUUUAUCUGUCCAGCACAAGAGUGAGACUCUUUAUGAUGAGUAGCAUUUUUUCAGGGUUCCAGGCAGAAGCCUUUUCCAUCACCUACUUCUUGAACCUUUUAAAUGCAGAUGCAUGCAACAUGUAUGCUUUGCCUCAAAAAAAAUGGCACCUCUCCUUAAUUCAACAUACUAUAACUCUUUAUCUGUUAUCUGCAUUGCCCAGAAUUUUGGGACAUCCAUUUUGGAAAAACUUGAGGAUUGUGGGGGAGGGGAGUUUCACUGGUGAUUCCAGUGGUAGGAGGGGCUGAAGGUUAAUAGUGUGGGGGCAAAAUACCAAAGAGGUUAAAGCUUAGGUCUUAGGAGAGGCAUUUCAGCCAUUCAGAAUGGGAAAAUACGCACAUAACCUAGGAAAUCAGUUAAUAGUGGUGGAAAGCAAGAUUGGGCCAGUUGAAGAAGGAACUAUGGGGAACCUAGCUGGAUCCCCAGGGAACUGGAUUUGGCCCUGAGCUUGAGUUUGUACAUCCUUGAUCUCUUACUUUAUUCUGCAUGAUGAGCCAAUCAGCUCUGAGAUCAGUUUGCUCUGUCCUAAAGCAGGGAAAAAGUUAAGUGGCUCUGGAAACAAAGAAGUGACCAAAAGCAUGUGCCUCUUGAAGCAACCCUUAAGGAUGAAGAAGUGUGGUUCCAGAUGGCAGCUCUUUGUCCUCCCAGCAAAAGACAUGGUGCAGCUAUUCUGUCUUUUCUUCUUUAGCUUUUUUUUCUGGUGUGGUGGGUCACAGGUUGGACCCCUUGAAAUUCUGUGAAUGAGGCAGGGCUAAAAACAAAGAGAGAGAAAAAGAGAAAUAAAUCAAAUGGCAUUGUUAAAAAUUGUUUUUCCUGAAAAAGAAAUUGAGUAGUGGUACUAGCAAUGUCGCCAAGAGAGGUAAAGAAAUGAAAGGAGGCAUAGUACAAAAUGCAGGAGGGAUGUUAAGAAUAGGGAGGAAAGUAAGAGCAAGGGCUGGGCAGGACAAAAAAUAAAUCUGCUUCAUUUUGGAUUUGUAAACCACUCUGAAAACAAUGUAACAAAAAUAAAUGUAGUUGGGAACUGGGAGAGUGAGGGUGGAGAAUCCAAAGGAGUGGCAAACCGUGAUGGGAACAACUAGACAGUAUUUGCCCAGUUGCAUAUGUAGACCAAGUAACCACUUGAGUACCAAUGUCUUUAAGGGCAGGCAGUGUCUUGAAAAAUGUCUUCAAGAGGAUUUUCUGGAAGGACUCCAAAGUACACUUUUCAGAUUGUGCAAGUCCACUGGUUCAGCAGUGUAGCUUGAAAGAUAGUGGAUGGGAGAGUGAUAUGCCUGUACAAGAGAACAGCUUCAAUCUUUUGCUUUGCUUUGAAGUAGUUUGAGUCAUCUUAGACCAGGCAUUGCUGACCUCACCUAGCUCACAGGCUUUUUAUGAGCUUAAAAAGGAGAAGGGUCAUAUAUACUGGUCUGAGCUUCUUGGGCCAAGAGUAGGAUACAAACGACAUAGGGAAAAUUACCCUAAGUUGAGCUGUUCCUAUUUUUCCUUUAUUGUGUCCUCUUUUUGACUUACCUGUCCCCAAACUCUUUUUAUUGUACAUGGAAUAAAGAUUGUAAACCCAUUGAGUAGUGGACCAAUUGAGUAAUAUGAACUACUCUGGAAGAAAAAAUUGACCCUAGAGGGUGGUAGUAUUUGAACUUCCAGUUUAUUGGCAUUUACUAGUUUGAUAAGAAGCUGCCUAACAUUGCAAUCCUAUGUAUGUUAACUUAGAUAUAUGUCCAAUUUAGUUCCUUGGCACUUUUAGGUAGGCAUGCUUAGGAUUACAGCCUUAGUUUUGCAUAUUUCACCAUUCAGUAAUCUGUGAAAUAUAUAUUUAAAAGCUGGAACUGCUACUUUGGUGACCUUUUGCUCUUUAUCAAUUAGUAAUUACUAUUUGAUUUAUAAUGCCAUUUCCCAAUAAGUACCAUGUACUCAAAGCAAUUCACAAUGUAGAUGUAACAACAGGAUACAUAUACUAUAUAAUAAAAUACAACACAAUUAAGUGUAACAGUGGCAAUUCAAUUCAUGGUUCAUUUAAAGCACAUGAGAGAGCCGGUGUGGUACAGUAGAUAGAAGUGUGGGACUGGGGACUCAGGAGUUCUGGGUUUGAAUCACCAUUCAGCCAUGCAGCGCAUGGGGUGACUCUGGGCCAAUCACAGACUCUCACCCCAACCUACCUCACAGGGUGGUUGUUGUGGGGAGAAGAAUUAUAGGCUGCCUUGAGUUCCUUGAAAGGAAAAAGAUGGGAUAUAAAUCUAAUAUUAAAAGAUUAAAUGAAAUAAAGCAAACUAACAGGAGAUUUGUCUGUAUGAAAUACAUCAAAAUUAUACCCACGUUAAGCAAUCUCUAUUAACAGAUUUUAGUAGCAGCAGCAACUUACAACAGAAUCAGCCCAAGCCUUCCACACAGUCAACCUUUGUCUCAGAUAAGACCUCCAUCCCGGCCAUUGGUAUCCUACCUAGCCCCAAAGAGAUGCCACAAUAAAGUCACCACAAGACACUUCAGGCAGCACUCUGUCCAGCCAGGAUGUCAGAAGCCAACACAGUUUGUCAGAGGCUGAUGAUCCCAAAUGUCUCACAAGGGAAACAGUUCUGUUUAGUCAGUUGAUUAAAUUUGCAAACAAGGAAAUAUGAAGGGGAGUGGGGCGAAACUAUCAUGACUUAGGGAUGAUGUGUGCCUGUGUCAUAGCAAGUAUAAUCUUAGGAGCAACAUUCUGCCCUCUGUCCCCAUCAGAUAAACAGAAAGGGGAGUGCCUCGAACUGUCUUCAUUAAUGUUGCCUGUUUAAUCAGAAUUGUGUUUAGCCACUUGUGUCAAAAUGAACUCGAAUGUUGCAGUUCUACCAGGCUGGGAAGGAUUUUAAGCACCACCAGAUUUUUAGAAGACUACUUGCAAUGACCCUCAAUAGAGAUUUCUGUCCUUUUCUGUAAACUCCAUCCUUUGGCUGAUCCUCAUGCAUAGGAACUUGGGACAUACCCGACAGAGUCAGCAGGAUGCUGUGAAGAUGCAAUUGGACUGGAGACACCACCUGGCUGUGAAAUGCCUCAAAUGAUCUUGAGCUGGUCCCUGCUGCCUGCCCCACAGCAUUAUGAGAACAUAGCAACAUACAUCAAAUCCUGAGUUAUACUUCCUUGAGCCACUUGGGGAAUGUGAGCUGUGUGGUUGUGAUAAAUAUAAAUGUAGCACAAUAUAUUGUUUUAAAUAAAUGUAUUUGUUUCAGGUA